AUGGCCCGGGCCAGGGCGGAGCAGCGCUGUCCACGGAUGCAUCUCAGGCCCGUCUCGGUGCCCACCCCAGGGCCCCGCUGGGCAGUCGUCACGGUCGCCGCCGUGGCUGCGGUCCUCGCCGCUUCCUGCCUCCUCUGUGUCCUCUGCUGUUGCCGUGGCCGACGCACACGCGGGAAAAAGCCCAGGGGCAAGGAGGCCGUGGGCCUGGCCCGUGUCCGCAGCACCGCCACCCCGCACCUGGUGAGCGGGCACCAGCACUCAGUGCCCAGUGCCCGGCCGGGUCAGUCCCAGAGGGCGGCUGCAGGCCCGGGUCCAGGCUCGGGGCGCCCCGGUGAGGUCGGGGGUGACGGCAGCCUCAGGAUGGACUGGUCUGCCCAGAAGCGGGGGCCAGCGGGCCUCCCAGGCAGGGGACCCAUGAGCAGAAUUGGGGGGAAGCCGUUCGGGCUCCGAUGGGGGCCCCAGCAGCCCCUAUCCCCAGUGCCUGCCCCCCAGGUGCAGCCGGAGGUGGAUGAUGUGGGGUCCAGCUCCGGGGACCCCCCGCAGUGGGGGCGUCUGCAGCUGUCUCUGCACUACGAUCCGCGAAGCCAGGAGGUGAGGCCAGAGGGUCUGUGGGCUGGUGCAAGGUGGUGGGCGACGGGUGAGCGCGGGUGCCAGGUGCAGGGUGCAGGGGAUUUCCAGCGCUUCUCACGGCACGAGCCGCUGGGCACGCUCAGCCUGCCGCUGGGCACCGUGGAUCUGCAGCACGUCCUGGAACUCUGGCUCCCGCUGGGCCCGCCGGGCUCCGACGAGGCUGAGCGGACGGGGGAGCUGUGCUUCUCGCUCCGCUACGUGCCCAGCUCAGGCCGGCUGACCGUGGUCGUGCUGGAGGCCCGGGGCCUGAGCCCGGGGCUGACAGAGCCCUACGUGAAAGUGCAGUUGAUGCUGGACCAGAGAAAGUGGAAGAAGCGGAGAGCGUCCGCCAGGGGGGCCACGGCCGCCCCCUACUUCAACGAGGCCUUCACCUUCCAUGUGCCCCUCGGCCAGGUCCAGAGCGUGGAUCUGGUGCUGGCCGUCUGGGCCCGGGGCCCGCGGUUCCGGGCCGAGCCCGUGGGUAAGGUGGUGCUGGGCGCCCGGGCCUCUGGCCAGCCCCUGCAGCACUGGGCAGACAUGCUGGCCCACGCCCGGCGGCCCGUCGCCCAGUGGCACCGCCUGCGGCCCCCCAGCGAGGUGGGCCAGGCCCUGGCCCGAGAGCCCCGCCUGCGCCCGCCUCUGCCCGGCUCCUGA